GUCAUUGUACUGCGACCCUUGUUCCUCGCCGCUGGGGAAGCCAGGCUAUCCUAGGAAGCUGAGUGGGAGUGGCACGUAGCUGCUGUAGGUCCUCAGAACCUGAGUUUCGGCCAGCAGCCAGGCCUGGAAACUAAUAUUUUUAAAAAUGACCACACCAAACAAGACACCUCCUGGUGCUGACCCUAAGCAGUUGGAAAGGACUGGAACAGUACGGGAAAUUGGGUCACAAGCUGUUUGGUCACUCUCAUCUUGCAAACCAGGAUUUGGAGUGGAUCAGUUACGAGAUGACAAUCUAGAAACUUACUGGCAAUCAGAUGGCUCCCAGCCUCAUUUAGUGAACAUUCAAUUCAGAAGAAAAACAACAGUGAAGACAUUAUGUAUUUAUGCAGACUACAAAUCUGAUGAAAGCUAUACUCCAAGCAAGAUCUCAGUCAGAGUAGGAAAUAAUUUUCACAACCUUCAAGAAAUUCGGCAACUUGAAUUAGUGGAACCAAGUGGCUGGAUUCAUGUUCCCUUAACUGAUAAUCAUAAGAAGCCAACUCGCACAUUCAUGAUACAGAUUGCUGUUCUAGCCAAUCACCAAAAUGGAAGAGACACCCAUAUGAGACAAAUUAAAAUAUACACACCGGUAGAAGAGAGCUCCAUUGGUAAAUUUCCUAGAUGUACAACUAUAGAUUUCAUGAUGUAUCGUUCAAUAAGGUGACUUUAAAAUUAGAUGAAAAUCAUUAAAUGUAUCUCUGUUUUAUCCUGUGUUUAAAUAGUAUAUCAGAUACCUUUAUUGAAAAAAAGCAUCGGUUAUUUGUAAUUUUGUAUAUGUUCAAAAAUAUUUUAUUGUAACUUUGAUAAAUACAUUUUGGGUCAUAUUAUCUUUAUUUUCUUUAACAUAUAAUAAAGCUCACAUAUUUUACGUUACUAAAAAUGGAUUUGAAGCCAAUCAUUUUAUUUUCCCUUAUAUCAAAAGAAAAGAGUUGAACUGAAAAUUUCAAUAUGUACACAAUUAUAAUAGCUGGGUGAUUAUUUCAUUAGUGUUCAUACAUUAGAGUAAUUGUUUAUUGCAUAUUCAAGAACAAGACUGUGUUUUAUCAGUGUAUGUCAUUUCAAUAGAUUGAAAUUACUAUUUUUUCUACCCUGAGGAAGUUUAUUCUUUUAAUACUAGAUCUUUUUAAUAACAGUGUCAAAAUAAGCUUAGUGUUAGGUAUCUGAUGAGAACCAAUCUAAUAUGGGAAAUAUAAUUAAUUGUCUCAUAUUUACCUUCAUAGAAUACUUAUGGCCCUACGGUUGUCUAUAUCCUAAUGAUAUUAUGUUAAAGAUUGCCUGCAUAAUCUGCUAUACGUCUCAGUUAUAGCAGUAUUUAUGGUAGAGUUUCAUAUUUGUGUCUGCCACUGGCAUUCCCUGGGCAGUUAUGUAUCCCAUAAAAUCAUAAAGGUAUGUGAAAUUUUUUAUAUAUAUUAAAAGAUUUUAAAGAAAUA